GAGCUGCUUUAGAGAUGUCCGGGCGCGGGAAGCAGGGCGGGAAGGCGCGUGCCAAGGCCAAGUCACGCUCGUCGCGGGCCGGGCUGCAGUUCCCCGUGGGCCGCGUCCACCGCUUGUUGCGCAAGGGCAACUACGCGGAGCGGGUGGGAGCCGGCGCCCCGGUGUACUUGGCAGCCGUGCUGGAGUACCUGACGGCUGAGAUCCUGGAGCUGGCGGGCAACGCGGCCCGCGACAACAAGAAGACUCGCAUCAUCCCGCGGCACCUGCAGCUCGCCAUCCGCAACGACGAGGAGCUCAACAAGCUGCUGGGCAAGGUGACGAUUGCGCAGGGUGGUGUGCUGCCCAAUAUCCAGGCUGUGCUGCUGCCCAAGAAGACUGACAGCCACAAAGUUAAAACUAAGUGAGCUUAUCUAAGAAGCAAAAUGGAUAAAAAGGCUCUUUUUAGAGCCACCCACAAUGGUCGUGAAAGGUUGAA